GUUGAGUGUCAUCGUUGCCGCCGCGCUAGCUGUGCUGUGUCGAUUUUUCGCUGUUUUCGUUUUUUAAUGCCGUCCGAUGAAGAAUUUCUGGCGUGUGGGUGUGAAUAUCUGAAGUGCCUUUAAAAAUGGAUGAGUCCAGUGAAUAUCAUUCGCCAGAUGUUGCGGAAAGUAAUCCGGCUACCAUGGAAGUUGUUGUGAUGGCUGCGGGAACCGAAGUGACGACAGUGGAGCGAAAACCUGGUGAAUCAAGAAAUCCCUCGAAGCGUUCAAUUAUCAGAACCUAUACACAGGAGCUUUUUGUGAAUGGGGAACAUAAUAUUCGCUGUGUGUUGGUGGAUAAUUGUGAAUACUCGCAGAAGUUGUUCCGUCAAACAAACUUCGAGCGUCACUUCCGGCUGUGUCACCCAGCUGCCUAUGAACUCCUAUGCAUUGGUCCAGCUGCUGCGAAGCAUAGCAGCUCGAAUGCGGAACCAGCGAUAACGAUACGGAUGACGAAACAAAGACUGAUAGGAGGAGUGGUAAAAAUGGUUACCAUACAUGGGCUUCCUUUCGAAUUCACGGAAUGGGAUGGUUUCCAAGAAAUUGUGGAACCAUUGCUAAAAGCUUUCAAUCUAACUGUCAACAGACACAACAUCAAACAGUAUGUGGCGAAAGCGGCAGAGGGUAUCGAUUGCCUUAUAAUUCAGGAGCUGCAUGGGUUGAUGAUUUCACUCAAGAUGGACAUCGUUUCGAAAAUGUACCGAAGUAUGCUUGGUAUCAACUGUCAGUACAUCAACAACACUGGGGCUGUUGUAAAGCGAAAUCUCGGCAUUAUUGAGCUGCAUAACCGACACACCAGCCAAUACCUUAAAGACGAAUUGCUUAAAAUCUUGAAGUUCUUUGGCGUCGACGUUUGUCAAAUCGUUGCUGUUACUAUAGAUAAUGCUUCAAAUAUGGUUAAACUAGUGAAGUUGCUAUCCGCCCAGAGCGAAUCGGCAAUCGAUUACUAUGUGGAUUCCGAGCAGUUCGAAAUUCCGUUGAACGAAAUUGAAGUCGAUGACUCAGAUGUGCUCGAUACCGAUUCUCCAGAGAAGCUUGUUGAUCAAGAGUGGGCACGUGUCCUUGAGGAUUUUGCGCCAGAUGAAUUUAUUACGGCUGUCCGAUGCGGAGCACAUACGACCCAGCUGGUAGUCCAUGACGUUUGUAAGCAGAGUGUACACAAAGCAGCCCGAGAGAUCAGGAAGAAGGUGGAAAAGUUUCGGUCGACUGAGUACAAAACAUUUUUCGACGUAAGCGAAGGAGGGACAUACCCACCGCUUCCGAAUGAAACUCGUUGGAACUCGGAUUAUAAGAUGCUUCUGGAGUUGAGUAAGGGAAGAUCGUUCUUCGAGAAGCUAGGAACGCAGUACCCGGAUUUAGACCUGUCCAACUAUUGGGGAUUCAUCGAAGAUUAUGUUACCGCAUUCAAUCCGCUGUAUCAAUGUACAAUCGCAGUUCAGAAACUCGAGCACACUCUUUCUGAUUUUUACGUCGAAUGGAUUCGAGCAUACGGCAUAAUUUGGGAGUUGGAGAAUUCCAACAGGUUCAAAGCACAUUUAAUUACAGCAAUGGAUCAACGUCAGCAGAAACUUUUCUGCAAUCGCAUUUUUCGAGCGGCUGUGUAUUUUGACCCUCGGCUCAAUUUCAAUGGGUCCAAUUUGCUCUCUGCGGCGCAGAAAGAUGACGUUGUGAAAUUUUGUUUGAAAAUUUGGGCUCGAAUCAAACCCGGAGGUAAUGUACCCAAUGAAAAUGAUUCAAACGCCGCAAAUACUUCAUUAAACGAAAUAACUACCGAAUCUCCAACAUCCAAUAAAUUCAGUCUGAAUGAAUAUUUGACUCGCACAAUUGGAUCCGGGGCUUCUCAAACGGUUCAACUUACAACACUGGAACUGAAGUUAAGAAGUGUUCAAUAUCAGGCUCGAAUUGACGCUGAUAAGCCUUUCAAUAUAAUUCAGUAUUGGGCGGGUAAACGAUUUGAGGAGCCGCAGCUGUGGAUGGUCGCAAAAGUAAUUUUUGGUGUACCUGCGACCCAAUGCUCUGUAGAAAGGGAUUUCAACCUUUUUGGUUCAAUUUUAACCAAAUCGAGAAACAAGCUGAGCUCAAAAAGUCUACAGGAUGUGCUCAAGGUACGAACAAACAGCACACUUGUAAAACCAGCGCUGGCAUACAUAUUCAACAAAGAUAAAAGCACUUUGGAGGAACUUCCAACAUCAGCACCUGCUUUAUGAUGUGAACAACAUUCAUCGAAACACACAACAGUUUAAACUGGAAUUGUCGAAAAGGAGUACGAGCAAAAAUAUAAAACCGAAGUAGAAACUUAAAGAGAAAUAGAAGAUUGAAGACUGGUUUUAACCAGUGCUAAAAAGAAGAGAUAGAAUGAAGGACUCGUUUACAUCAAGAAUAAUAAUUACAAACGAUACGAAUUCAAAAUGAUUCAUUUCCAAACUAUUUUAUGUAAAAUAACUUGUCAAACAAGUACAUUGUUUCAAAUGUUUUCA